GGGGGGGAGUCGCUGAACCCCCGGGGGCCUGAACGCGGAUCGAGGCCCGAGCGCCUCCACAGUCGUAAGCAGAGUCGGCGCCAACCGGAACCCUGGGAGUCCCUCCCGCUCUCCCUCCCCCCCUCCCUCUCUCCCUCCCUCCGCAGCCCCUGGAGUCGCAAGUCAUGGCGGCUCCCGACCUGAGCGCCAGCCGGCGGCUGGUGGCCGGGCUCCUGGUCAACCUCCUCUCGUCCAUCUGCAUCGUCUUCGUCAACAAGUGGAUCUACGUCCAUCACGGCUUCCCCAACAUGACCCUGACUCUGGUGCACUUCGUGGUGACCUGGGUGGGGCUGUACGCCUGCCAACUGCUGGACAUCUUCUGCCCCAAGAGCCUCAGACCCACCAAGGUCCUGCUGCUGGCUCUCAGCUUCUGCGGCUUUGUGGUUUUCACCAACCUGUCCCUUCAGAACAACACCAUUGGCACCUACCAGCUGGCCAAGGUCAUGACGACCCCCGUCAUCAUAGUCAUCCAGAGUGUCUACUACAAGAAGACUUUCUCCACCAAGAUCAAGUUGACGUUGAUACCCAUCACGUUGGGUGUAGUUCUGAACUCCUACUAUGAUGUGAAGUUUAAUUUUCUAGGAAUAUUGUUUGCAACACUUGGUGUUUUGGUCACUUCCCUAUAUCAAGUGUGGGUAGGAGCUAAACAACAUGAACUGCAGGUGAAUUCUAUGCAGCUCCUGUACUACCAGGCCCCAAUGUCCUCUGGCAUUCUCAUGGUCAUUGUGCCUUUCUUUGAGCCUGUAGUUGGAGAUGGAGGAAUAAUAGGAAACUGGUCUUUAACAGCUUUGGGUAUGGUGCUGUUUUCUGGAAUAAUUGCCUUUCUGGUGAAUUUAUCAAUUUACUGGAUUAUUGGAAAUACAUCGCCUGUUACGUACAAUAUGUUCGGACAUUUCAAGUUCUGUAUUACUUUACUCGGAGGGUAUUUUUUGUUUAAAGAUCCCCUUUCAAUUAAUCAAGGCCUAGGAAUUCUGUGUACAUUGCUUGGAAUUUUAACUUACACCCAUUUUAAACUUCAGGAACAAGAAGACGGAAAGACCAAGUUGGUACAAAGGCCGUGAUAGAUAUUUCUUGGUAACAGGCGACAGUGUUUAUAAUUUUUUAAAAUGUGCUGCUAAUGAGCAUUCUCUCCAAGUACUUGAGAAACUGUUAUCUCUCAUCAUGUGAAAAGAAUUGCUAUUGAUUUCAAGCCACAGAAACAAAUUUUGCUAUUUGUAAUUUGAAAUUUAUAUAUUCUAUAUUGCCAAAUUUCAUGUGCCAUAUUUCCUAUUUUUUGUAAAUAAAAACUGAAAAUGAUUUGCCUAAUCUUUAAAAUAUUGAAUGCAUUAUCCUAUGAGGCCUGUCAAAAUAUUUACAUUUUCUAGGCAAAAAUAAAUAUUUUGAACUGAUCACAAAUAUUAUUUGAGAGGAGUCAUACCUUUUUCUCUAUAAAGCUAAGAGGAGAGAUCUGAAAGAUAUUGCUAGGCAAGGUCUAUGGAUUUUAGCAGGUUUACAGAGACUCCUAGCUCUAUGAGCUGACUUGUGUUCUGUAUGUUUUAAACUCAUGAAUUGAUACUGAGAACAUAUGAAUAUUAAAAUAAUGGAGUUAAUUAAACAUCAGGAAUAACUUGUUUACCUAAUAUUAUAAGAACCAUAAAAUAUAAAUAAAGGCUUUUUUAAAAAAAAA